AUGGGCAGGGGGUGUGUGCCACUGGUCAAGCGAAGCGGUAGUUCAUCGCAACAACCGAGACGACGCGCUCCGUCGACCAACAAGAGGGCAAAAGAAGAUGAGGAAAUUAGUGGUGUUGGCAAGUUCAAGAAGAAGCCUAUCCAAAAUGAAGACGACUUGAAGGUGAUGUUUGGAAACAUUGUUAAUGAGGAGCAAGAUCAUUGGAAUCCUAUGAGUUCCAACCCCAUCAUACCCCUUGAUGAUGACAUCCAAUGCAUGAUGAUGUUCAGGAGGUCACUCCGGUCACGCAUAAAUGGUAAGAAAAAGGCUAAGGUUAUUUUGGAGAAGCCCACCAAGAAACCUAAGAGUAGCACGACCCUUGUUAUCCAAGAGCACAUCUCAAAGAUUUCUGAGUCUGCAUCUUCUUUUGUGUCUAAAAGGCAAGGUGGGAUCACCAUUGAGCAAGUUAUGGAACAUGUUGUGGCAUGUGGGGCUGCAUAUAAGACCGAUGAGCAUUUUGUGGCAACUGAGUUGUUUGUGAAGAAAGAGCAAAGAGAAAUGUUCAUGACCCUCAUUUUCGUGAAUUUGUUGUCAUUUCCAGAUAUGGUUGGGAACAGUGUGAUGUGGCAACACCUGGAAGUGGAGGAUCUCCUUCUUUACCACAAGGAGAAAAUCCUUCUCUACUACAAGGAGAAAAUCCAUGAGUCAGGGAGGGCCUUUGUUCUAAGGGAGGUCCAUCAUGAAGAGUGUGCUCGAAGGCUUAAUGAAAAGUAUGGUACUAACUUCACGUGGAAACAAACCUACAACAAGUACCACAAGCUUAAAGGAGAAUGGAAGCUGAUCAUGGAGGCAAAGUCUGCUAAGGGUGCUAGUUUUGAUGAUGUUCAGAAGAAGAUAAUCUAUGACGAGAUAGAGGUUGUCAAGAUGAAAGCUAAAGGUGAUAAGAAGGCUAAGUACUACAAUGUUCCAAUUCUCUUGUAUGAUGAGAUGGAGUUUGUCUUCACGGGGAAACAUGCUACUGGAGAGUUCAGUGUUAUUGAAGCACCAUUUGUUAGCUCAGCAAGGCAAGAGAAUGAUCUCGUUGGGAAUGUCGACCCAACUCAAGAACUAGCAGAUCUGAAUGGUGAUCCUUCUCAACACGAUUCCGACACCCACCCAGAGUCUGAUAGUCCAAAUCCAAACCCAGUAGGUUCUAAGCGCAAACACGAAGAAAAGGAGAAGAAAGGGAAAUGGGCUAAGCAAGGUGUCCCCAUUUCCAUGCAGGCCUUGUCGGAAGCAGUGAGCUUUACCCAUGGCACUGAUCCACACGAGGGUAUAUUCAUAGGCAUUGAAGACAUGGAUGAAUAUCCUUUGCCGGUUCGUCUUGAUUUGCUAACCUAUCUUGCUCAAAAUCGCCACAUUGCUAACAUGUUGAAGGGACGGAAGGAGGAAACUUUCAAGCAAUGGGUGGCACGAUGGGUCGCUGGUCACUAUCCUUUGUGA